UUCACAUCGAGUGUUCGCGAAUUGUGAUUAUGAUUUGCGAUUUGCAUGCAUUUAUUUAACUUUUUCAUGGCAGUUGUAAAUAGGAUACCUGAACCGCGAAUUCCGCUACAGCAUAUACGUUUGCAUUAUACUUGUUAUGUCUUACUUUCUAUAGCAUUUAGUGUGUAGAAUGGUUUUGUAGGAUCCUAUAAUCACUAUUAGGGUUUCAAGUCAUAGUGUUUAAUAUAUUAUACUUGUUGCGUUUACAGCGACCAAUAAUCGUCUCUUACGAUGUUUGCAAGUUUAAAGAGUAAAAUUAAAGAAGAAACUGGAAGUGAUAUUAGUAAAUUGACGAGUAGUUGGCGCAGUGGAGCCUUUUUAGGCCGAAUAACAUUGCGAGAUGACUCGUCAACAACUAGCCCAUCUAGUUCUGGUGGUCAGGCAGACUCAACAUCAGAUUCAAUAUCGCCCCAAAUGCAAACAUAUCUAUCAGACCGCACUGGUGGUCAGGUAGAUCAAGUGGCACUGCAGCAGCAGUAUGCAUCACAGCUGGAAGAUAAACUGCGUGAUAGGGAUGUGUAUUGGGAACAAAGGAUUGAGGAAUUGAAGCUUUCACUUGCAUCUGUCCAAGGUGAAGAAGCUAUAGCAGCUCAGACUGUAGCGCGUACAGCUCAAGCAGAAGCAGCUAAAGCAAUAACCGAGAGAGAUGCAGCACAGAAACAACUUAACGAGUUGAAAGCGAGAUUGGCGGCUGCCGAGAAUGCACAAGAUCGACUUGACAUUCUGACUGAGGAGCUAGAGCAAUCGCGGCGUGAAUGGGCCCGCGAGCGCGCGGAGUUCACAGCCGCGUUGGGCGCUGCGGACGCGCGCACGCGGGACCUCGCGGACGAGCUGCAGCUGCUGCGGGCUGCCCUGCCGCCGGAACACCCGCACCACCAUGUGCAUGAUGACGAUAAGCGGGAAAUGCAACCGACGGGUUGCGUGGACUACGACCGCGUGUGUCGCGAACGAGCUGUGUUGAGCCGUCAGCUACAAGAAGCUAAGAUGGUGCUAGCCGAUGUCAAGACGUCAUGGAGCGCGCAAAUUGCGGCCUUGGAGACGCAGGUGGCGCGAUUGUCGCGUCAAGCUGGCGAAGAAGGUGCGGAAAGGAGAAGGGUAGAGAAUGAAAAGAAGGAACUGCAAGAGAACCUUCUAGAAAUCUCGGCUGACCUUGAGAAGGCGAAACAGAAUCUUGCUAAUAGCGAGGCCAAGGUGGUGCGUCUGAACGGCGAGGUGCAUUCUCUGGCCAUGGAGGUGAAGACGUUACGGGCCAACGCAGCCGGGGCCUCCGACAAAACAAUGGAGCUAGAGAGCCGUAUUCAAGAACUGACAAAUGAAAAUAAAGAAUUAGCAAAAGCCCUAGAAGAGGAAAGGACGCUUGUAGAGAUAUUAAAGGAAAAAAUCGAAAACUCACACAGACUAUCCGAUGAGCAGAAAGCAGAGGUGAAUCACCUGAAUUCGAUGAUGACAGACAUGCAACAUGAUUAUAUAGAUAUACAGAGGAAGUUGGAUAAAGAAAAGCGGGAAAAAGACGAGGUGCUAAUACGAAAUGCGCAGAUCUCACAGAACGUAGAAAAAAGUUUGUGCAACGUUAGAUUCCUGGAGUCUGAGGUCGUUGACUUGAAGUCUAAAAUCACUGAGUUGGAAGCAAUCAUAGCGCAACACAAAGAGAAUCAAGCAGAGUGUAUGCUGAUAAAAGAAAAUGAAGAAGCUAGAACUAAAACAAUAGAGGAACUCAAGACGCGAAUAGAGACAUUCGCCGACAAUGAGUCCACGCUUAAAAAGACUAUACAAGACUUAGAGGCUGAAAUCUGUGAUAGAAAUAAGAAAAUUAAAACAUUAGACAAUAGAAUAUCAGACAUGAAAAAGACGUUACAGCGUGAACUACAAAGCAGUAAAUCAGAUCUGACGUCUGCUGAAGAACAGGAUAUUAGUAGACGAUACCUCAAGCACGUGGUUCUCCGUUUCCUCACAGCCCGUGAGCUAGAAGCGCGCCAACUAACCCGCGCUCUCGCCACGUUGCUACGACUCAGCGCACACGAAGAGGCGUUACUACGGGCUGCGUUACCCGCACGCACUUCCCGAGCUGCCUGGUUCCCGCUUAACACGUGAAUAGUGGUGUGGGGGGGAGUGGGUGAUUGUGGAUAGUGGUGUAUAACCUUAAGUUGAUGUCAUCGGCACGAGCGUAGUGCUGCUUCAUCACCUUGCGAGUUAGAACCGUGACAGUUUACCCGCAUUGCCCGCACACGCCUCGCUAUCUGCGUGGUGCUCGUUUAAUAAGUGACAGUGGCAUAGUGUGGGGGAUGGGGCGUUAGUUGUGGAUAGUGAUGUGUAUCGUCAAAGUGAUGUAUACGGCACGUGAUUAGUGCUUCCUAGAACCGCGGGAGCUAUCGGCGUUUUCCGAACACGCCUCUCGAGCUGCGUGGUGCUCGUUUUUGUAUGUAUAACAGAGGUGUGGUUAACGUCAAGUGAUGUGUAUGACACGUACAAAGUACUUCACUUUACUCACCAAAAUCGCGUUGCCCGCACGUUUCUUGCAAGCGGCGUGGUGCUCGUUUAAUACGUGAACAGUGUGGGGCAUGGGGCGUUUAAUGAGUAUAAUAGUUAUGUAUAACCUUAAAGUGACGUGCGUACUGCGUAGUGCUCCGCUUUCUCACCGUACGAGAUAGAAGCGCAGCAACUAAUCGCAUGCGUCUCUCGAGCUGCGUGGUGCUCGUUUUAACGUGAACAAAAGUGACACGAAUGGUUCUUCUGAAACUUGUGAAUAUGGCAAAUGAUGGGUUGCCAUUACUGGAGUUAGCACGGUUUUAAGAGGUCAUGUUAACACUUCUCGCCCCUGAUUGUUGAUCUUAGCUCUUUAUGCCUUUAUGCUAAUAUGAAGAGUCUUAGUGUAGUAGUAUUCCUAUGGAGGAUUGGAAAUGGUCCAUUACACACUGUUUGUAUUCAUAUACAUAUUUUGUGAUGUAUCACACUGACAUGCAAACUCCAAAGAUCAAAAGGUUUUUCACUAAUGUCUGUAAACAUGCAUAAAGCGGUCAGCAUAUUUACAAUAAUUUUGUACAUUGUACAUGUACUAUUUAACAGUAAGACUAAGAAAAGAAGUAUUGAAGCUGUUGGCAUAUCUAAUAUACUACAUCCAUUGCUUUAAAGAAAAAUAACUUGUUAUUGUUGAACCUAGUAUUUAAAAGUGUAGCUAUAUGCGCACGCGUCAUUUUAUUAAGCUUUAAUUUUAUUUUAAAGCAUUAUUGGCACUAUUGAGCAGUAUUUUUAUGUUUGUGAUAUUAAAAUUCCAUGAAAUUUAUUUGCUUUGUAUUCAAGGUGUGUUAAUUUAAAAAUGUUACUUAUUUCCAAACACAUUAAUUGGCUGAUUUUCCAAGUUUUGUGUACAUUUCUGCUUUAUGUUAUGUCCAAAACAAAGCAGAAAUGUACUGAUUUUAUUGAUUAUAUGAAAAUAAAAUAAAAACUGUUUCUUGUUUAUUUAUCACCAAUGUUUUUUUUUUCAUGAAAGAUUUUAUGUGUUGAGUUUUUCACUUUACAAUGGUUAUAGUUACAUAAGUAGCUGUAAUAUGUAAUUUUCAUGCAAUGUAUCAUUCUAAAUUAUAAAGUUGCCUUAUUAGUUGCUAGUCAGUAUUAUAUUAUACCUAUUUGUAAAGUCAAGAUUUACAAAGUAUUUGUAAUGUCAUAUUUAUAUAUAUUAUAAUUUUUUGAUUGAUGAUUGAAGAAUUGAUGUUAAUUAAACAUUUUUUGUCUUAAAACUUUGAUUAUUCGAUGCUGUGAUAUGUUUGAUUUUUGUAUGUUCUCUUUUUAUGAUUCUUAUUGUGAAGAAAGAUAGAAAUUGAAAACACUGCCCCUUAUAUAAGAUGAUUGAUUUAUAUUGAUGGAAGCAUGUCGAAAUAGUGAUUGCUUAGUAUUUUUAUUUUUUAUAGGAAGUGAGAAUACUACAUUCGUAAAAUGUAUUGUUAAAAGACACAUUUAUAUUUAAUGAAUAAAAUAUAGGCACAUAAGUAAGAUCUGUCAAAAUUUGUACAGUAGUUAUAAUCUAGUCGCAGAUUUGUUAUCAAAAUUUUUAUUUUCCUAAUGUGUAUAUAGAUUAGAUUUUUGUUAUUUUUUAUUUCUUUUUAAACAUUCGCCGUUUGGUUAUCCAAUGUUAGUUUUUAUAACUAUAUACGAAACAAUUCACUGUAAUUCAUUACUAUAGGUAAUGCUUUAUAUUGGAAUGUUAUAAAACUUAACACAAGUGUUUCAAAGAUUUGUUGUAUUUCAAAAGAAUAUUUUUGUUUUAUAUCAUAGUACUUAGAUAAUAUAUUUCCAGAAUUAUUAUAGUUUGUUUUAAAUAAAUAAUUAUAAAAUUA